CAAGACGUCAGUUUCUUUACUGUUCGAGGAGCUACGACAUUAUUACGAAACGUGUUCCAACGAUAAAAUCGUAUCUGGAUCUCCAAGUUCAACAAACGCGAGCUCAUACAUUCCAUUCCCUCUGCUUUCCACUUUCCCUCUCCCUGCAAAAAUGGCAGCCAAAUUGGGUUCCUUCAAGUACAAUUUCCAGGAGAAGAGAGAGCGCUUGCUCUCUGUCCAGAAGGGCUACUCCGAGCUCGGCUUCGUCCACAUCAAGGAGCAAGAGCCGGCGGGGUCUCCCCGCUGCUGCACUUUCCGAUCAGUCUCCGACCGAAUCGUCGGCUGGUGCCGAACCGUGCAGCAUGUCUCGAGCCGGGCGGUUCAGAUGGGUCAGUCCGAUCCGAGAAAGAUCGUCUUCGCGGGGAAGAUGGGUCUGGCGCUGAUGAUCGUCUCGCUGCUCUUCUUCCUCAAAGAGCCGUUCAAGCAGCUCAGCCGCUACUCCGUCUGGGCAAUUCUUACCGUUGUGGUGGUGUUCGAGUUCAGCAUAGGAGCGACUCUGAGCAAAGGAUUUAACCGCGGGUUGGGGACAUUAUCGGCUGGAGGCCUGGCUUUGGCUGUGGCAAACUUAUGUGGGCUAGCUGGAGAGUGGGAAGAAGCUGUUAUUUUUGCUAGCAUCUUUAUCGUAGGAUUUCUUGCAACUUAUGCGAAGCUAUACCCGACAAUGAAGCCUUAUGAAUAUGGGUUUCGGGUGUUCUUGUUGACAUUUUGUUUCAUAAUGGUGUCUGGGUAUCGGACAAGGGAAUUUCUUCAUACAGCUGUAUCUCGAUUCUUGCUUAUUGCACUGGGUGCUGGUGUUGGUUUGGGAGUAAAUAUAUGCAUUUUUCCCAUUUGGGCUGGUGAGGAUCUGCACAACUUGGUGGUAAAAAAUUUCCUGGGUGUUGCAAAAUCAUUGGAAGGUGUGGUUAACAAUUACCUUAAUUGCGUUGAAUAUGAGAGGGUCCCUUCCAAGAUUCUUACAUAUCAAGCUUCUGAUGAUCCACUCUAUAGUGGCUACAGAUCUGCUGUGGAAUCUACAAGCCAAGAGGACACUCUGAUGGGAUUCGCUAUCUGGGAGCCACCGCAUGGUCGAUACAGAAUGCUUAGAUAUCCAUGGAAGAACUAUGUAAAAGUGGGUGGUGCACUGAGGCAUUGUGCUUUUAUGGUUAUGGCAUUGCACGGAUGUAUACUUUCUGAAAUACAGGCUCCUGCUGAGCGAAGACAAGUAUUUCGUAGGGAGCUUCAAAGGGUAGGAUGCGAAGGUGCUAAAGUGUUACGUGAACUUGGAAACAAACUGAAAACGAUGGAGAAAAUAGGUCCCAUAGAUAUACUCAAUGAAGUGCACGAGGCUGCAGAAGACUUACAAAAGAAAGUUGACCAGAAGUCAUACCUGCUUGUUAAUUCAGAAAGCUGGGAGAUUGGAAGCCGGCCAAAGGAGCUGGGAGAACCUCAAGACUUAUUGAAUGCGGAUGAUGACGAAAAUUAUUUCCGGGAAUACAAGUCCCUUAGUGAAGCAGUACUUGAUCUCAGAUCUUUUCCUGUGCCACAAAGUUGGGAUAGCCAGAUGCCCCCGAAGCCAAAUGGCACGGGCUCCGUAACAACAGAUGUCAACCACUCGAACUUGCCUGCAGGUGUUUCCUCAGGAAGCAUGUUCAUGAAACAGAUUUCAUGGCCUGCAGGACUUAAAUUUAAGGGUGAUGAACCGCCAGCAGCGGAGGAAUCCAACACCUAUGAAAAUGCUAGUCAAUUGUCGUUGGCCACAUUUACAUCCCUGUUGAUAGAGUUUGUUGCAAGGCUUCAAAAUCUUGUUGACGCGUUUCAAGAAUUAAGUGAGAAAGCACAUUUCAAGGAACCUAUCGAACCACCAGAAGUAUUAGAGCCAGCUCGCGGAAGGUUUUGGAUCAGAUUGUUCAAUUCUCUGAAAUCCUGAAAUCAGCAUACGGCAAUACUAUUCCACUUUAUCGAGAUCUGCUGCUAGUUCAGUUCUAGAAUACAACGGCACUGAUUUCUUCUGCUGCUGUCAUCACUCACAAGAGCUGUCGGCUUUCUUAUUGAACGAUAGCAGGUAAAGUUUUCUCUUUUUGGUUGACAGAAUAAGCAUAUAAGGGCGGAGAUGGUGGAUACCUCCGCGCUUAGGGGACGGAUAAUCUGCAGGCUAACGUUAAGAUUACUCAGAGCAUUAGGGGAUAAUGACAAUGGAUAUGAAAUUGUUGUUUUCGACUAACACUGCAUAUUCAUGUUGGUGGUUUUAGUUUUUGCUCCACCAAAUUGUAAGAAAAGAUAAUUCGGAGUUUCAAACUUUUUAUUAGGCCCUGUAACGACCCUGUAUCGCGAACGAUUAUAUAUAUAUUUUUGUAUUGCUGAAGUUA